AUGUCGAACAGCUCGUUGGCGCUGACCGUCAACUGCACGAAGCCACCACAGUCGGCGAGCUCAGAUGCCGGCAUCUUGCUCGCCUUCAUCAUUACCGCCGCCCUCGCGCUCAUACUCUCCGCCUUCAUCGUCCUCUCCGAGAUACGCGCCAAAUCACCGCGAAACAUAUCCCGCAAGAUCCUGUCGGGCCUCAGCGAUCAACAGAUCGUCGAAGGCAUAGCAAUACAAGUCAUCGGGCUUGCGCGAAUCAACAGCAUGAUACCAUAUCAUUUCUUCAUCAUCUGGAUGCUUUCGCUUCUAUCCACUGCCACCAACUUUGCGACAUUACUUACGCUGGUGCAGGACUUCAAGCGCGACUGGGUUUUGAGAUGGCUGAGACAGUUUGCUAUGUUCGUCAACAUGGUCCUCACGAUUGUCUUUGGCGUUUUCGUGCUGGAAACAAAUCUGAAGAAGAUGGCGCCUACAUUGCCCAUGGCGUGCGUGUGGCAGGACCACGCUCAAGACAGUGAAGCGCAGAGCAAUAGUACAUUGAGUGUCAUUGGCACGAUCGCAGUCAUAGCAGCGAGUUGCAUCAUCUUCAUCCUGGGCAGCUGGUAUCUACACCUUCGAAAGCAGAUUUGGGGUGCAACUGUCAGGAUUAUCAGCUUAGUCGUCCUCCUGGCUAUGGCGAUAGGAGCGGCUGUGCGAGUGAUGGUUAUCUCUCAGGCUUUCAGCGACCCCCCGGUCAACCUUUCGGAUACAGGAGAACGUGUCUGGAGCUUUGGACAGCUUCUGACCAUGCUGCUCUUGAUACUGCCGUUCGUCUCGGCACUGGAAAUCUUCAGAGGCGAGUUGCAAGUACCGCAGGCCAACGCUUUCGCGGACUCAGAUCAGGCACCUCUCACCGGUGGUGAUUCUGAAUUGAAGCCCAUGAACGGGCGCUACACAUAUCAGCCAAACCCGAUCUUCAGGUAA